GGGGCUGAAAAGAGAAAAAAACAUUUUUCUAAAUUGGGAUGAUGUUUUAUGUAUGAAUAUGGAGGAAGCACAUGGCGAUGAUGGCACCACCCUUAACCAAAAAAUAGAAGUUGAAAACGAAUAGGCUAACGUGUCGAUAAUUAUGAAUUCUUUAUCAUUUUGCAGUGAAGUUAUCGUUUGAGUGAGUGGGACACAUUGUUGGACAGCUCACCGGUCGGUCGCUAUUCUCGGGAAAACAAGCAAGAAAAGGGAAGGGUGUCUGCUUGCCCAGAAGAGAAGAAAUCAAGGGACAGGCCUGAGGAAGAUGGCAGCAACGUCAGCGCCGCUCUCCAAGCCCGGGAGCCAGGGAUCGUCGGAGAGAUACGGAUCGGAGAGCGGCGGGGAGGAGAAGGCCCAGCGUGCGACUUUCGAGUAUUUUGGAUGGGUUUAUCAUCUGGGGGUCAAUUCUAUUGGGCGUGAGUACUGCCAUCUUCGUUUCUUGUUUAUCAGGGGCAAGUAUAUGGAGAUGUACAAGCGCGAUCCCCACCAGUUUCCCGGCAUUAAACCGAUUAGGAGGGGUGUUGUAGGAUAUACACUCACAGUAGAGGAGCUUGGACGGCGGAAGCUCAAUGGUGGGGAUAUUUAUGUUCUGCGCUUGUACAACCGGUUGGAUGAGACAAGAAAGGGUGAAAUUGCUUGUGCUUCAGCUGGAGAAGCUCGAAAAUGGAUGGAAGCAUUUGAUCAUGCCAAGCAACAGGCUGAAUACGAGCUGUCAAGAGGAAGUGGUGCCAGAAAUAAACUGAACAUGGAAACUGAGAUCAAUCUUGAAGGGCAUCGGCAUUCUGUGCGGCGGUAUGCACAUGGUUUGAAAGAGCUUAUAAAAAUUGGACAAGGCCCUGAGUCACUUUUGCGACAAUCCUCAAACUUGGGUGUCAAAGUGAGGUCGGAUGGGUACAUUGAAGGGGAUGGGGGUGAUGCAAUUGAAGCACACGAAUGGAAAUGUGUCCGUACAAUUGAUGGUGUUAGGAUCUUUGAGGAUGUUGCUGCUUCUCAGAGUGGUAAAGGUGUCCUCACGAAAUCUGUUGGUGUUAUUGAUGCAAAUGCAGAUAUUGUUUUUGAAGUGCUCCUAAACCUUGAUCGGCAUCAAAGAUAUGAGUGGGACAUGUUGACAGUUGAUUUGGAGCUAGUAGAUUCUUUGGAUGGGCACUAUGAUAUUGUCUACGGAACAUAUGAUCCAAAAUAUUUUACUGGUUGGUACUCAAAGAGGGACUUUGUCCUUGCAAGGCAAUGGUUUCGUGGACAAGAUGGAACCUAUACAAUCUUGCAAUUUCCUUCCACACAUAAGAAGCGACCUCCAAGAUCUGGAUAUCGACGAACAAAAAUUAAUCCUUCUACAUGGGAAAUCAGAAGGUUAAAUACCCCUAUGGCUUCAAACACUGCAAGAUGUCUUGUGACACACACAUUAGAGAUGCCUUCUACUAGCUGGUUUACAUGGAAGAAUAAUCACCAUUCGAAAUUUGAAAAUUCUGUUCCUUUUGUGUUACUAUGCCAAGUAGCAGGUCUGAAGGAAUAUAUUGGAGCCAAUCCUGCUCUAAAAUUUGAAGCUUCCACCACUGUUGUCCAUUCUACUAGCUCUGAAGGUUCUGUUUCCAAUACCGAAUAUGAGGAUACUGAAGUGCGGGAUGAGUUCUAUGAUGCAAUUGCUGGUGAUUCAUUAUCUGAAGAUGAAGAUAGUGACGAUGACAAUGAUGCAGAACUCGACAAUGAUGCAGAACUUGACAAGAAGGAUAAAAAAGUGAAGCUGAAGAAUGUUUCAUGGGCCAUCACAAGCUUAGCUUUGAAGAGAAUUUCAGCUCUAGAUGCAAAUAAGGAACUUGAUCCGAACGCAUCUCCUGUCAAUGUCGAUCCAAGCCAAUUCCACUGUUCAAUGCACCAAGGGAAGGAUAAAAAGGACACAAAUUGCUGGACUACUCUGGAUGGUGCAGGAUUUAUGAUCAGAGGAAAGACUUACCUAGAAGAUAAUUAUAAGGUAAUGGGAGGAGAUCCCCUUCUCAAGCUCAUAGCAGUUGAUUGGUUUAAAGCUGAUAAUACAAUGGAUAGGAUUGCAUUGCAUCCCAAAUCUCUUGUUCAGUGCGAAGCUGGAAAAAAGCUCCCAUUUAUUCUCAUCAUUAAUCUUCAGAUUCCAGCAAAACCAAACUAUAGUCUGGUUCUCUACUAUGCUGCUGACAGGCCAGUGAAUAAAAAUUCCUUAUUGGGUAAAUUUGUGGAUGGAACUGACAUGUUUCGAGAUUCAAGGUUCAAACUCAUUCCAAGUAUCAUGGAGGGUUAUUGGAUGGUCAAGCGCGCUGUUGGCACAAAAGCUUGCCUCUUGGGGAAAGCAGUGACCUGCAAAUACCUCAGACAAGACAAUUUUCUGGAGAUUGAUGUAGAUAUUGGCUCAUCAUCAGUAGCAAGGAGUAUCAUUGGUCUUGUCCUGGGGUAUGUCACAAGCAUAGUGGUGGAUCUUGCAAUUUUAAUAGAGGCAAAAGAAGAGACAGAACUACCUGAGUACAUUCUUGGCACUAUUAGACUGAAUCGUGUGAAGCUUGACUCUGCCAUACCCUUACAGGGUUGAGGUUUCCAUAUUUCAAUGCUAGUCAAUUUUCUUUUUCUUCAUGAAUAGUGAAUGAAAGUUAUGGUCACGGGAGCAGUGAUGGGCAGAAUGCAGCCUUGCAGGAGACCCUCGUGAGGUGAGAGUACCAGUUUGCUUAUACACACAGAGAGAUAGAGAGAGAGAGAGAGAGAGAGGGGGGGGGGGGCCUACAACAAUACGGGUAUUGAAAAUGCAUUAUCAAUGGACUAGUGUCACGUGUGAUUUGGGUUUCAUGGCUUUUUAGUCAAAUCCUAUUUGUUUGUACCCCAAUACUUUAUAUUUUCAGUUUAUCUCAUUUAUUUGUAUCCUGGUCAACGGCUCAGAUUGUAUCUUACAUUUUCAACCCUCUAUACAUAAUAUAUAUUUUACAGUGUGUACCCUUGUGUUACCAA